AUGCCGCUCUUGAAGGAGCCCCACCCCCCACCUCAGGCCCCGCUCCCCUGGGUCCUCCCAAGCUUAUUUGCCGCCUUCAACGUGGUGCUGCUGGUCAUUUUCAGUGGCCUCUUCUUCGCAUUUCCUUGCAGGUGGCUGGCCCAGAAUGGGGAAUGGGCCUUUCCCAUCAUCACAGGCCUGCUCUUUAUCCUCACCUUCUUCAGUCUCAUUUCACUCAACUUCUCAGACCCGGGCAUCUUGCAUCAAGGAUCCAAUGAACAGGGCCCCCUGAUGGUACAUGUGGUAUGGGUGAACCACAGGGCCUUCCGCCUGCAGUGGUGCCAAAAGUGCUGCUUCCACCGCCCGCCCCGGACCUACCACUGUCCCUGGUGCAACAUUUGUGUGGAGGACUUUGACCACCACUGCAAGUGGGUCAAUAACUGCAUCGGUCACCGCAACUUCCGCUUCUUCAUGCUGCUUGUCCUGUCCUUAUGCCUCUACUCGGGGGCCAUGCUGGUCACCUGCCUGAUCUUCCUGGUGCGCACGACCCACCUAUCCUUCUCCAUGGACAAGGCCAUCGCCAUCUUGGUUGCUGUACCCGCCGCCGGCUUCCUGGUGCCCCUCUUCCUGUUGCUGCUGAUCCAGGCCAUGUCGGUGAGCGCGGCGGAGCGCUCCUACGAGGGCAAGUGCCGAUACCUGCAGGGAUACAACCCCUUCGACCACGGCUGUGCCAGCAACUGGUAUUUAACAAUUUGUGCACCGCUGGGACCCAAGUAUAUGGCCGAAGCUGUCUGGCUGCAGAGAGUGGUGGGGUCUGACUGGGUGCCCAUACAGACCCCGCGCUUUCCAACAUGCCCCUCCGUGCUCAGUCCCCCCGCCUUCCCUGAGCCUGGGUCUGCUCCCCAGCCUCAACCUCCGGGUCUCUACAAACCAGGGAAGGGUCCCCUAGGGAGCGGUGAGGCUGCAGUCCUCCAGGAGCUCCACGCCAGCCCAGUGCUGCCCCGGCUGCGGGAGGACCCCAGACGAGGCUCCGUCUACUUCUUGCCCUUUCUCCCCGGGAGAUGCCAGGAGUCCCUGCACCCGAACCUCACCUCUUGAGCCUCUUGGGAAGACCCUGUGCCCUGCCGCCUGCCCUUGCCCUCUCCCCUGGCGGGAGUACUGAGACCCCAAGCGCAUUAAAUACCCUUUGCCUGCGUUUUACAACUGCCUGCUGCACUGUCUGUCCUAGGUGCGAGGGAGUGUGAAGGGGGCGGGCUCUGAAGGGCUGGGACAAAGCCCCCCGGAGGGAAGAGCCGAGGUCCAGUACUGACUGGCUCUGCGACCUUGGUCAAGACACCCAACAUUGCUGUCAUCCUUCAAAUGGGGCAACUAUAGCAACCACAGAGAAGGCUGAAGAUGAUGGAAGAGAAAACGCAGCGAUGCAGGAGUGUCCGCCCAAGUCCCAGCCUCUGCCCUGUUGCACCCCUGUCUGACUGCAGGGGGCGCCCGUCGCCUGGGAAUUCGCCAAGCUGGACCUGAUUUCAGCCGGCACGCCGUAGCCUACUGUGAGGGCUGGGCUGGCCCUCCGAUUGGGAGUGGGCCCUCCCCCUGCCUCUUCCCGGGAGGUAAAGGGGUGAGAGGGUUCUCUGUUACCCUCAGGAUGGGCACUAACCACGCUGCUUCUUACCACUCGUGUAUCCAGGUGAAGCGGGUGUGGUGAAGAUGCGAGGGAAGGGUUGGAUGAGCAUCCCAGGGCCCCGUGAAGUAUGCGCUUGUGUGUGCAUGCCUGUUUGUGUGUUGGGGGCCCAGCCUGGGGAGGUGGGUGAUGAUACAGAACUUGGCUCCAGUUCUCCCUAAGCUGGGUCCCCUUUGAGGCUGCUCUUCCCUUUUCCUCCGCCCCAGGCCCAGCCUCACCCACCCCUCUGGCUCUAGCUCUUGGGCUCCUGGCCAGCUUCGUUCAACCCAGAGACUCCAGUUCUAUCUCACCCCAUUUGCCUUGGUCCCAGGGUCUCCCCUGUCCUAAGCCCCCUUGUUUUCUCAGCUUUCAGAAUUAACCUUAGGUUCUGGGGAGGGAUGCAAGGUACUCUCCACCUUACAAAAAGGCAGCCCAGUUUUAACCUUGUUGUAAAAGUCCUCAGUGGCCACAUUAAAAAUCCUCAGGGGCCAUGUUUACAAGUAAAGCUGAAGCAGCCAUCCCUGUCUGGAAAGCCCACAAUGCAUGGUUGCAUGUGUGGGGACGAGGACAUGAGACUCUUUGAGCCCCGGACCCCAGGGGUGUAUGUGAUGCACAGAUCUGCGUGAGGGGCGUGUUUGUGUGCGUUCUGAGAGCACAGCUCUGCCCAGGCUGCUGAGCAGUGAGGAGAGGCUCUCAGUCCUCCUCCCAGAUGGGAGUCCUCAGGGUGGUCCUAGCCUCCACCAGAGAGGAAGAGGAUUCAGGAACCUGGGCCAAGGCCUGGAUGGGGGUUGUUCAUGGAGCUGGCUCACCCCUUCCUCUGAUUCCCUUACAUUCUCUCCCCCAAGCCUUGGGCACCCUCAAAAAUUCUUCCCUGCCAGGCUGGGGGCUUCCAUUGAACUAUGCCCACCUUUCCUUCCUGCCUUCUUCACAUUUCUGCUGAGCCUGCCGUUGACUCCCAGACACACCCCUCACAGUCUUUGGCCCACUGAUAUGGGGAGGGGUGUUAUCAGGUCUGAAAACAGGGCCAGCUCUCCACACACAGCCCGGAAGCCCUGCAGUCCCUACCACCCCUUGGACAGGAACCAAGGAGUGACCCCCACCCCUGCAGGGCUGUCAGCUAUCCACAUGUCUGGAGCCACUCUGUGGGGUCCCCAGGCCACUCCUGGAACAAAAGGAAGGAGGGGGAGCCUGGAAGCAGACACCCCUUUUUCAGCUUUACACCUUUCCUCCAUGACCUUCUAGAAGGUCAGGGCGUGCGGGGUGGAAAGAGCCCUGGGCCAGCAGUUGGGAGACCUGGGUGUCACUCAGCUCUGCUACCAACUAGUGUGCUAUGGGAGUGAACCUCUUUCCCCUGCUUGGCCUUGGGGCCCUCGUCUGUAAACAGGGAGGACCAUCAUGGCUAGCUCACAGUGGUUAGAGUCCUAACUCGUUAGAGCUGGAAGGGCUUUAGGGGUUACUUCAUCCAACUGCCCCUGCACCCUCAAUCUCACACAUUUUCACUAGAGAGAGAAGGGAUGGGAUGACUCAGUGUCCAAACGUGUUCGUCUCCUGGGCUGCCUCUCCUGUUCCUGCUCCGGGCACCACCUUGGAGGAGGAGGGCCUUGGGCAGCCCCACAAAGACAGCAGGACAUGUCAGCGCAGGGCCUGGGGACCGGAUAAGAAGGCAGGCUUAACUCCGACUCCAGUUCUGCUGGGAGCGAUAAUGAUACCCUGCUGCCUUGCCUUCGCCCUGCCCCGCCCGCCCCACCCAAGGGGGCCCUGCCAGUGGCUGAGGGUGAGGCAGGGCAGGGAGAGACAGGGCAGAGGAGGUGGCCGAACCCUGGAAUUGGGGAGCCAGAGUCCUCAUACCUCCCAGAGAGCGUGCCCCUUGCUGGCUGAGCCUCCUGGGCUCCUGGGCACCCAGGUGACUCUCCAGCCAUGCCCACAUCCUCCUCCAGUUCCUGCACGCAGAGCGCAGUGGAGGGAAGGGGCUGGGCUGACGGUUUGCCAGACCUGUCCUGGGAAACAAGCCUUUACUGAGCCUCACUGGGCCAGGACCUGGGCGAGCUGGUUCACAUGAUCUCCUUUAAUCCUCACAACAACCCUCUAGAGUUGUUAUUCUCACCGUGGACUUGAAGAAACUAGAACUGAUUGAGCAAACAAAUCACUUCCCCGAGGUCACACAACUGCUAAGUGGCGGGGCCAAAGCUCCUUAUUUAGUCUUUGUCAUGACACUGUGCUUCCUAGGCAGUUUUAUUUUAUUUCAGUUCAGAGUAGUGGCUAAGGCAUGGGCUCUGAAGCCGGGUGGCCCACCGUAUGAGGGGAUGAAUCAUUGCCGCUAUUGUACCUUUAUGAGGAUUCAUUAUGCAGUGCACGUGGAGAGCUUGAACCUGGCGCUGGCACGUGGGAGGUGCUUAAUCAGGGUAGCGAUCGUCCCCACAAUAGGAUCCAGGUGAUGCCCGAGUUAGGACUUUAUGACUUGCUGGGGCCUUGGGGUUACCAACACUGGGGCUGCCGUUGGGUGUGGGUUUCUUGGUGGUCAGGCAGCAAAAGAGAAGCGUGUCGGGAGAGGAGGUUUGUGGUCUUGUGUUACAGAAAGUCAAGGCAUGUUUGUAUCCCCCAGCCAAAGGGGAACGGAGGUGUGGGCUGAGCAUGUUCAAGGGAACAGCAAGAUCACCCCACCCCCACCCCCAACGGCUGUGCUCUCCCACAGGCUGAGGGGUUUCCUGUUAAGAAAGCACUUGUUGCAUCUAUUUCGAGGCCAGGGGGUGUCUUGGGUUGAAGGAAGUCAAGGCGGUAGUCCUCUGAACGCUAUUCCCCCGGCCUCGCUCAGAGCCGCCGCCCGCCGCUACCGCUGGCUCUCCCUGUAGCCUCCUGGUCUGUCCAUCCAUGUCUGUCUCUGCCUCACCUCCUCUCACCUUUUCACUCUGCGUCCUCUCUCUCUGCCCUCUUCCUCCUUUCACUGUCUUCCACGCGCUCCCUACGAUGACUCUGCCUGUCUCUCUCCACCCCUCACCACCUUUCUUGGACUACCGCUUCUGGGAACAGAAAGCAAACUGUCUGACGGCUUUCAAGUAAUAAUUUUCAAGUGUGAUUCUUGGAAGCCCUUGGGCCUGGGUAUGGAAACCUCUAGAACUCUGGGCCAGGCCAGAGACAGGGCCUGCACAGGGCACCUUUGUCUCUGACCGGGGUUUCCUCUUCCAAGCCAGGCACAUGCUCCCCCAGCUGCUUCUGCUGCUUCUGGGACUGUUUUGCUGCUGAAAUUGGGGAUUCCCACACUAGCAGGGAUAUCCCCACACUGAAUAUCCAGCUUAUUUCUCAGUGAAAAGAAAACCAAGACACUGGCACUCAGAGAGAGGCUCAGCAGGGCUUGUCCUGGGAUGAUAGAGCUAAGUAGAGGCCAGGCAAGAUUGGGUCCCUGUCUCCUGCAUCCCACCACUCCCUGUGGGUCAGAAGCCUGGACUGUAAACAGGAAGGGCACUCAUCUUCUGGAGGUCUGGUAUAAUAACUUGGCUCCCACAGGCAAAAAUCACAAAAGUGACGACAGUGAUAACUAUCAGUUUGAUGCUAACCGUAGUCUUAGUGCUUGGCUUAUAUUAUCUCAUUUAAUCCUCAAAAUGAUUUGUAGGGAAGAUGCUGCAGUUACUUCUGUGGGCGUGACCCUGGAUAGUCCUUGGGACUCCCUCUCCUGUCUACAAGGAUAGAGCUUUCUGGAGGAUCCCUGGGGCUAUUCCUGCCCUGCCCUCCUGGGAGACUUAGUUGCCAGGCACGAGUGUCCUGGGUCUGGGUACAAGCCCCGAGGCAGACUGGGCCCUAGGCAGGGCUUUUUCGAUGACCCAUUAGGGUCCUUUGCCUGAACCUCCUCUGUCCCCUAGUCAGGGAAAGGGGGGAACAUUAGGUCACCAAACAGGAGUACCGAUCCCUGGGCAGGACCCUAUCUGGGCUGGAAAGUCUUCUGCCCAGUUGUCUCUAGGCAUCUGUUCUGUAGCCCCUGCAGACACAGCAUGGAAAGAACACUCCCGCCUGCUCUUUGCCUGGCCAGGCAGUGGGAUGCCAGGAUGGGACGGCAGGAGAGUGGGGUUGGAAGGCAGGCCCUGUGCUUCCUAGUGAUAAGGCCACAGAAAAGUCGCUGGCCUCUCAUCGUCACCGCUGUUACAGCAUCUGCAGAAGCCCGGCUGCCUCCAGCGCUUGGAAGAUGCUCUGAACUUUCACUUCUUCACACCCGCCACAACCCCGUAGGUGUGGGGCUACAGUAAAGGGAGCCUUGUGAGGGCUAGGCCUGGGCUUGGGGAGCCUGGCAGGAGUAACCCCCACCUCCUCCCGGCCCUCUGUCUCUACUUCCUCUGCUGGUUCUGCAGGCUCUGGGUUUGGAUCAUUUGGAAGUGGCCAGGACUGAGGAUGGGCCACCUCUCUUUCAAUCCCAGACAGACCCAGCCUGGGUCACGUUCCCUGGAUGACUUCUCAGCUCGCUCUCUUCCCCACCAAGUUUCUUCCCUAGGGAAUAACUGGCCAGAUUUGGGUUUGGGGCAGGGAUGCGGCCCUUUCUGCUCUUAGCUGGCACCCCCAACUGCCAGCCUCGCUGAGCCCCUGGCGAGGAAGCCUCUGGAAGGCCGAAAAGUCUGGUUGUUUGAAUCCUUGGCAGGGACGUGUGCUGCCCCUGCCUUGGUCCAGGGGCUCCAUCUGCCUUGGAUACAAUCCAGACCAAAGAGUAAAGGAGGUUUGUUCCUGAAGCGGAGACCAGAAGUAGGCACACAGAGGGCUCUGAGCUUUGGAGUUGAAGCUUUUAAAGAUUUGUUUUGUUUAAAUACCCUGCUGCAGGAAAGAGAAGCCCCAAAUCAAACAUUCCUGAAACAUAAAUUUCAGGUGGCUUUAAAGGAGCAGUUUGUUUGGUUUCCGUCCCACCCUGUUUCUGCUCAGUGGGGUCUCGGGCACUGGGCCCUGGGGCUUGGUGGAGGAUCCACGCCCUUCCAGGCUCACCGUCCUGUCUCACCCGGAGCUCCUCAGCACCAGCUCCAGCCAGAGGGCCUCUGGUCACAGCCAGGCCCCCAGGGUGCUCCCCGGGGGGUGGCGUACACCCGUCUCAGGGAGGGAAGGCGCCGCCCGUCUGUCUGCAGCUGCCUUUCCCCUGCUGGCCGCACACUCAUUCUUGAGCUCUCUCUACCCUUGAUCUGGGGGGUCAGACACACUCCAGACUCUCCUCCUAGUCAGGGAUACUCUGCCCAUGACUCUCUCACCUCCUGUCAGGGUAUCUCCCAGGUCCUAUGCCUGGGGUGUGCCCCACUGUGGAGAACUCACUCAUUCCCUGGCCUCAGCAGUGCUGGGCCUGGCUGAGCCUCUGUCUCCUCAGGUCCUGCCCCUUUCCCAGGCUCUGGCCUUAAUAUUAUUUUAAUGUUUUAUUGGGGCAUAAUUGACAAGUAAAAUUGUAAGACUUUUAAAGUAUACAACAUGAUGAUUUGUUAUCUGUGUACAUUAUGAAAGGGUUCCCCUAUCAAACUAGCCUUAAUU